AUCUAUGGUAUUGUCAGAGUCGACAGCAAUACCGCCAUAUAAACAAUUUAAAAUUUAAAAACCCCUUUUUUCUUACCUUGUUUUUUAUGUCUUUGCAAAAGUUUAAAAGUUAUCUUGAAAGUCUUUAAACUUUCAAAAAGUCCAUCUCUCACUAAUAUAAAUUCCCGAAGAAAAUAGCCAUAUUUUAUUAUUUCUACAGCAGAGCCUACACACAAUGAAUCUCCUCGAUAUGGAAAUAAGCUCAACUAGAACAAUUGCAAAAACUGAUAAAUAUUGUGAACAAACCAUCACUUACUUUUGUAAAGAAUCUCCUUUAGGCAAAUACUUCUCGGCAUUUUAUGGCGACGAGCUUUGUUAUUUAAAAUUUUAUGAUACAGACUACCAAAACUGUUUAGGACAUCUUCAAAAACUUUAUCCUGAUGCAAAUUUGUGCUCUAAUAAUAAUUUUGAAAUACCACCAAAAUUAAAAAUACUGUUGAAAGGAUCAGAUUUUGAUGUUAAAGUUUGGAAGGAGCUGUUAAACAUAAAGAAAGGAAAAACCCUUAGUUACAGUGAUGUUGCAAUAUCCAUUGGAAAUCCAAAAUCAGUUAGAGCUGUUGGGAAUGCUGUAGGUAGAAAUAACAUUGUCUAUAUUGUUCCUUGUCACAGGGUCAUACAGAAAGCAGGCACAUUGGGAGGAUUUGGAUGUGGCCCUCAUAAAAAAUUGAAAAUGUUAUCUUAUGAAGGUGUAAACCUGUAAAUGUCUCUUAAGUACCAAUAAAAAAUGCCCGUUUAAUACAUUGA